CCAAAUUCUAAUUCUCCCAUUCUAUCCAUACCAAGCUUGCAAACCCUAACAAUGGAGAACCCUUCAAUCUCGUAAUAGUCAUCAAUUUUCAGGGGUUUAGGGUUUGAUUCUUGCUCUGAAGGAGAACGGAACUGAAGGAGAACGGAAGUGGAUUGGCAGAUGGAUGCAGGAUUAGUGGAUGAUAUAAUAAGGAGAUUGUUGGAGGUCCGUGGUAGGCCUGGCAAGCAGGUUCAGCUUUCGGAGACUGAGAUUUGCCAGCUCUGCCACGUUUCCAAGGAGAUUUUCUUGGAGCAGCCCAUUUUCCUUGAGCUUGAAGCGCCCAUCAAGAUUUGUGGUGAUAUUCAUGGCCAGUAUUCAGAUCUCUUGAGGCUUUUUGAGUAUGGUGGAUUUCCUCCUGAAGCCAAUUAUCUGUUUCUAGGAGAUUAUGUAGAUCGUGGGAAGCAAAGUCUUGAAACCAUUUGUCUUCUUUUAGCCUAUAAAAUUAAGCAUCCAGAGAACUUUUUUUUGCUGAGAGGGAAUCAUGAAUCCGCAUCUAUUAAUCGUAUUUAUGGAUUUUAUGAUGAGUGUAAGCGUAGAUUUAGUGUGAAAUUAUGGAAGGUAUUCACCGAGUGUUUUAACUGCCUACCUGUGGCUGCUCUUAUUGAUGAGAAGAUUCUCUGUAUGCAUGGGGGUCUUUCUCCAGACCUUAGUAGCUUGGAUCAAAUACGAAAAAUAGCACGCCCAAUUGAUGUUCCUGAGACUGGUUUGCUUUGUGACCUUCUUUGGUCUGAUCCAAUUAAAGAUGUUCAAGGCUGGGGAAUGAAUGAUAGGGGUGUCUCAUAUACCUUUGGGCCUGAUAAAGUGUCUGAGUUUCUUCAGAAACAGGAUCUGGACCUCAUCUGCCGUGCUCACCAGGUAGUUGAAGAUGGAUAUGAAUUCUUUGCUGACCGACAACUUGUUACAAUUUUUUCUGCACCUAAUUAUUGUGGCGAAUUCGAUAAUGCUGGAGCCAUGAUGAGUGUAGAUGAAACCUUGAUGUGCUCUUUUCAAAUUUUAAAACCGACGGAGAAGAAACCGAAGUUUGGAUUUGGAAGUACAACCACCGCUAAAGCUGGAACUUCACCACUUGGAGUCAAGCAGUCCUUUCUUGGUGCAAAAUCAUAAGAGGUUAUUAUGACAUGGAUUUUCGGCAUUGUGCACAUUUGGAUUAACUCGGCGCUUUCCCGGAGACAACAUAAUUCACAUCAAGUUGUGAAGCCAAGAUCUUCGACGUGAAGAAAGAAAUUUUCUUCAGAAAAUCUUGAACUAAAUGAACCAUGCUUUGUUGAAUGCUCUGAAAUUGCUUGAGCCUCAGAAAAAAAGAGCAGAUACAAUUAGACAUUUUUUUUUGGUUGAAAAUGUGAAUAUCGCAACUAUUGAUCAGUGUUACGUGUUUUCUUCUAGUUUUUGUUUAGGCAGUUCUGAAAUAUUGAAAACCUCAUUCUGGCAGGAUUUCAUGGCAUGCUCAA